AUGGCCCUUCGAGCAGCUGUCUUCAGCGCUUUAGUUGUGCUUGUCGGCGCCCAAAUGACGCCCAGCCCGACCGGCUGCCCAAUCAACUGGUUCCCCUACAACGGCACCUGCUAUACGACCAAAACCGAUCAAACCUACACGAUGGCUCUGGCGGAGGCGCUUUGCCAAGCUGACGGUGGCCACCUGGCUUCGGUGCAUGAUAACUCGACGACCUACUUCUUGAUGGAUUUCAUAGCCUCUCACGGAAUCGGAAAUGCGGCGUGGAUUGGGCUGAAGAACGUCGGCGGAAACUCGACGCGUCAGGACCCAGCUCCGGUCUGCUACGCUUUCUCGACCGCCAAGAUGUACUACCCGGGCCAGUGGCUGUCUGUGCCCUGCGAGAGCCACUUCCGUGCCGUCUGCGCUCGCCCUCAAGGUCUUCCGAUGCCCACCCAGCCAGCUCCGCCUACGUGUGGAAACACGACGUUCUUUGGAAAUAACGGAACGAUUCAAUCCCCCGGCUACCCGUUCGAGUUCUCGGACCGCCAGAGCUGCCAGUACCAAAUCAGCGCCUUCAACAACUACGCUAACGUUGAAAUCAGCGUCAUCCGUGCCUUGAACGACUUCAACCUGAACGUCUUCGACGGCACUGACCAAACCAAGCCGCUGUGGCAGGAGGGACAGUUCACCCAGAGGACCUACACGUUGACGCUCAGCUCGGGAUCCCCGCAGAUCAAAAUCACAUGGUACAGCAGCGGCGACAACAACGUUCAGCCAUUCACGAUCCACUAUUCCGGAACUGCUACCCCGCUCUACGUCAACCCGACUCCAAGGCCCGUUGCCGAGAAGCAACAA